UGCAGCAUGGUAGGUUGUUUAUACACGUCCCUUAAAGUUUUGCACCACCGAUAUGGAGAUUAUUUUUCGCCUCUUGUUAUCUUUAUUAGGCCUGAUUCUGUCAGUAUCAUCGCAAACUUAUUAUCUCUGCAAUGGAAUUUAUUACACCUAUGCAAAUCCAGCUUGUAGGUACCCAUCCUUGACGUCCACCAGCACGACGAGCAUCCUGUACUCGUGCAAUGGCGCCCUCUCCACCAUCCCUAAUGGUGCCUGUUCGUACCAAUCCGCUCCCAUCAACGGCGUCUACUACGGCACCCCGGCGACAACAACCACAGGCACGCUGUUUUCCUGCAACGGGGUCGUCAGCACCACCGCCAGCACGGCGUGUACGUACAACACGGCGCCGGUCAACGGGGUUUACUACGGCACGCCCACUACAACAACCACCGGGACGUAUUAUUCGUGCAACGGUGUCACCAGCACCGUGCCCAGCAGCGCCUGUACGUACAACACGGCACCGGUCAACGGGGUGUACUACGGUACGCCCACAACCACCAGCACGUCCGGUGUGCGGUAUCUGUGUAAUGGCGUGUACUACAGUUACGCCUAUCCUGGAUGCACUUAUCCGUCCUUAACCAACACGGUCACCAAUAUCAACACGGCCAGACCGACGUAUUACCUGUGCAAUGGAGUAUACUAUACCUAUGCGAAUCCGGCAUGCACGUACCCGACUCUGACCGGCUAAUUACCCUCGCUACUCCAGGGUGACCAUCGUCUGGCAGCUUCCGCUCUGCAUUACUCGUAAAUUGUUUUUCAGCGGUGUGUUAGCGUACCUUCUGUUGAAAUCUGACGCACUUCAAAUCUUACGUUAUACUAGCGGAAUCAGAUGAACUAGGUAUUGAAAAUGCGUCUGUGGGAUAAAAAAACUAAAA